AUGACGGAGAAGGCAUCCAACCCUGAGGUCAGGCUCAGCACGAAGGACCUGACAAACAGAAAAAUACAGGCCUUAGAAUGGCUGUUUCGCCAUCGAAAGGUGAUCGGCCCUUCGUACCAGAAUGCUUGCCGUCACGUGAAAGAGAUCACGACGUGGUACCACGAACCCAGCACCUCGCGUCUCGUUCGUGCAGCAAAGGACAUUAUCGACUCCAUCACUCAAUCUACUCGCGCCAGUGAACAGUCAAAGAGGAGUGAUACUGCUCUACGCAACCGCGACUUGUUUGAAUGCCUAUUAGCUAUUGCAACGAUGUGCCGCGGGGCCAACGGCAAACCUGUUCUGCCUCCCUUGUUUGCUGAACAUGGCUCCGGAACAUCUGAAAGAACAGGAUUUGCCCGGCAUGAUUUCGACUGGUUCACGAAAUGGUAUUUAGACGAGUUCAACGCCUUGCUCUACGGCGCACGUCCCAAGAAAUACGAAUGGAUCCCAGCUGUCCCGCUCGCCAAGCAAGAGUCCAAGCAAAACUGCGAGCGAUGUACAACGGACAACAACAAGACUGCUGCCAAAGCGCUAUUCGGGUUGACUUCAGCAGACAACUUCUCUUCCAAGCCCGCCUCGCCAGCCACAAAUCAGCCUCUAGCUUCACUUGACGCACGGAAACGCUCCAUUGAUGACUACGAGACGCUUCAGCCUGCGUCCAAAGUUCCACGUACGAGCGCUCCCACCUCGCUAACCGCACCCAGUACAACUCGCGACCCGCCAAGCAGCUCCUCGUCAUUGCCUCAGUCUGAUCGGCGCGCCGUUGAUGCAGCACCUCACAUGCCAUAUCCGAACACAGGGACCUCAGAGUUCUCCUCUCUGACCAACCGAAUCGCUGAGGCAACGUAUGAAGCUGCCAAAGCCAAGAGAGAAGCACAGUCACUUCGCGCAGCCAACGCAGCCUAUGGCACAGAACUCGACAAGAUGAAAACCGAGAUCGAGAAACUCUCCACCGAGAAUCAGGCUCUCGCUAACGAGUUGAACAAAAGCAGUGACGAACAACGCAAAAAUGAGUUAUCUGCUCACAAGGAGCUCUCCAAGGUCAUGGUGGAACGUGAUCAGGCGCGCAGAGAGGCCAACAAGUGGGCCGAAGCCGCGAUCAAAAUCGACUCAACGUGCCGAUCGGUGCUGUUUGACCUCCAACAACCGGUCGAGGCUGAUGAACAGGUCGAGCAUGAAAAAUAG